AAUACAAAAAAAAAAUGAAAUAAUUUUUAAUAAUAUCAUUAAUAAUAGCUUUAACGACAGCUUUCGUGACAAUACCAGUAAAGAAAACCUAAGAAAACGAUAUACAAAAAAUUCUUCGUUUGAACUACUUAACAAAUAAUUAUUAAUAUAUCUUAUAAAAAUUUUUACCAAAUCAUUUGUCUUAAAAUUGGCCUGAGGUGAAGAUAAACAACUUUAUGGACGCUUAGUAUUACGGGGAAGUCUAAAUUGGAACACCUCCAUAAUCUUUCUAAGUUAUAUUUGAUACUGGUUCAUCUAACUUGUGGGUUCCCUCAUCCGAAUGUGGAAUAUUAUCAAUAGCUUGUAGACUUCAUACAAGAUAUGAUAAGACAAAAUCAUCAACAUAUGGUAAGAACGGAACACAUUUUGAUAUUAAAUACGGGUCUGGAGGAGUAAGUGGUCAUUGGACUUAAGAAACUAUAAUUUUAGGAGGGUUAACAGCCUAAAAUGUUACUAUUGGAGAAGCUACAUCAAUGAAAGGCCUUUCUUUCUUAGUUAGUAAAUUUGACGGUAUUUUAGGUUUGGCAUACCCUAAGAUUUCAGUUGAUAAUGCAACCCCUGUUUUCAUGAAACUUAUUGAAUAAGGAAAAGUUUAAGAUGGAUCUUUUGCCUUUUUCUUGACAAACAAAGCUGGCUAAGAAGGCUCUCGUUUAAUUUUGGGUGGUUUUGAUCCAUAAUAUGCUGCAACACCAUUCAAAUAUUAUCCUGUAUCUCUAGAAGCUUGGUGGGUUAUCGAUGUUGAUAGAGUUGCUUUAGGAAACACAACUUAUUAAAUAUAAAAAGCUAUUGUAGAUACUGGCACUUCUGUUAUGGUUGGUCCUAAAAGUGUAAUUGAAGAAAUGAAAAAAUAAUUACCUAAUUAAGGAAAAUAAAAAGUUGACUGUUCUACUAUUUCUGAAUUCCCCAACCUUACUUUUAAUAUUGGUGGCGAUGAUUAUAUCUUAGAACCUGCUGAUUAUAUCAUUUAGAUUACUUCUGGAUCCUAAAGUUAAUGUGUUCUUGGGUUGUAAGGAUUAGAUAUGCCUGGUCCUCUUGCUUAAGCUUUCAUUUUGGGCGAUUCAUUUAUUCAUAAAUAUUACACUCAUUUUGAUUAAGCUAAUAAAAGAGUUGGAUUUGCUUUGGCUAAACAUUGAUUACUUUUUAUUAUAAAAUUAUUUUUUUUAUUAUAAAACUAAAUA